AUGCGCCGCUCGAUCGGGUGCUUCUUCUCGUAUAGGCAGCAGCCCGCCCGGGAGGCGGCAGAGGGGGUGAGAUGGGCGGGCGUGAUCGCGGCGCUCAAGGCGUGUGGCGCGACAGGGGAGGUAGAGGCGGGGCGAAGCAUUCAUCGCGGCGCGGAGCAAAGGGGCGGCUGGAGCAUCUACGCGCACAAUGCCGUCAUCGAGAUGUAUGCCAAGUGUGGGCAUACCAGGGACGCGAGCGCCGCGUUCUGGCGCAUUCCUUGCCACGAUCAGGCGUCGUGGAACAGCCUCAUUCUGGGAUACGCCGCCACUGCCGAUGCGGCUGCUGCCCGCCACCUCCUCGACUGCAUGGCGUCCUCCGGCUGCCCGCCCACCGCUCCAACGUUCCUUGCCGCGCUCCGGGCCUGUGUUGCCACUGCCGCCACCAAAUCCAAGCUCGAUGCCCUCGACUGGGGAAUGUCUCUGCACUCCCAGGCUGGGCAGCUGGUGGAGAAUGAUCUGUUCGUGGGCAGCGCUCUCAUCGACAUGUACGCCAAGUGUGGCAGCCUGCUCGAUGCUCGGGCGGUCUUCGACCGGAUGGCGCUCCACGAUCUCGUGUCGUGGACUUGCCUCAUACUCGGCUUUGCGGAGAACGGGCAGGGUGACAUGGGCUUGGAGCUGUUUGCGAGCAUGACAUCGCAGGGGGGCUGCCAACCAAGCUCGCGGACCUUCGUGGCCGCGCUUGUGGCUUGCGCGGCCUCGGCAGACAAGGAGGUGGGGCGGCUCAUGGAUGGCCAGCUCGUUAAGGUGGCGUCCCUCGACAAAUGCUGCGCUCUUCAUGCCGGAGCUGUGGAGAUUGGGGCCGAGUCGGACACCUUCGUGGCCAACACUGUGAUCGACGUCUUCUCGAGGUGCGGGAGCCUUGUCAAUGCCCGCAACGUGUUCGAUAGGAUGGUGCGCCGCGAUGUUGUGUCGUGGAACGUGAUGAUCUCCGGCUAUGCAGACAAUGGGCACGGUGACGCUGCUCUGGACCUUUUUGCUCGCAUCGGCUGUGCUCCCACUUCUCGGACUUUUGUUGCGGCUCUCACGGCCUGUUGCAGCGUGGCGGAACACUCGUCACGAGACGAGGGCCUGAGCAAGGGACGGGCUGUCCAUGCACAAGCAAGGUCGAGUGGCUACGAGUUUGACGUCUAUGUCGCAAGCACGCUUGUGUUCAUGUAUGCAAAGUGCGGGUGCCUUGUGGAGGCCUGUCGAGUCUUCCAGCGCAUGCCGAGCCAUGACGUGGUAGCGUCGACUGCGUUGAUGCUGGGUUACACGGACAACGGGGAGUGUGGCCUCGCCUUGGAGCUGUAUCAGCGCAUGCAAGGCCAUGGUGCCGAGACUUACGUCGCCGCUCUGAAAGCCUGUGCGGCCUUGGCAGACAAGGAGGAAUGGCAACGAGAAGUUGGCAGCGGUAGGCUUGUCAAGGCCCAGAGCCUGGAAACCGGGGCACGGAUUCAUUCGCAGGCAGCCGAGAGCGGGUGUGAGUCGGACGUCUUUGUUUCUAACACGCUCAUCGACAUGUACUGCAAAUGCGGGAGUGUGGCCGAUGCUCGAGCAGUGUUUGAUGCGAUGAAGCAGGGCCGGAGCCUUGUGUCCUGGAAUGCGCUCCUACUGGGGUACGUAGAGAACGGUGAAGACGAGGUGGCACUCGAGACCUUGUCCAGGAUGAGUUUGAGCUGUGCGCCCGAUGCAAGGAGUUACGUUGCCGGACUCAUGGCUUGCGGGAACCUGGUGGCGCUGGAUGCCGGAAGACAGAUUCACGCUCUUAUUUGUCGCGAGGAGCUGGACAGGGGCAAUGCUUUCGUGGUGCAUCGGCUGGUGGACUUUUACGGCAAAUGUGGGAGGCUGCUGGACGCGCAGCUCGUGUUUGAUGCGUCGGGUGUGGAAACAACAAGGGACGUGCUGAUAUGGAGCGCACUCAUCGGGGGCUAUAGUUGCCAAGGAGGUACCGCGCAGGCGUUUCGAUUCUUUGAGGACAUGAAGAACGAAGCCGUGCAACCCAAUGCUGUGACGUUUAUCUCUCUUCUCAACGCUUGCAACCAUGGAGGAUUGGUCGACGAUGGCGAGCGAUUGUUUGCCACAAUGCAUGCUCAAUACGGCAUCCAGCCGGAGAUCAGGCACUAUCACUGCAUGGUAGACAUGCUUGGACGUGCCAACCGGCUCGACGACGCGGUAACCAUGGUUGCCAGCAUGCCGUUUGAAGCCACACUUGUGACAUGGACCACCGUGCUGGGUGCGUGCCGCAAGUGGAAUAACAUGCCGCUGGGGAAGCUCGCGUUUGAGGCGUCCUUGAGGCUGGAUGACAGCGAUGCUGCCACUUACACUCUGAUGGCCAAUAUCUACGGCAGCCUUGGGAUGUGGCAAGAGCAGUUCGAGGUGUUGGUGGCCAUGAGGCGGAGAACCUCGGCUGCCGCUCUUGGGGUCUGA